GCCUUAAGAUGUUAGCCUUGCUUUUCUUAUGGGGAGCAGUGGUGAUGCUCAGCUGUAGCUGCUGGUUUUUUCUGAGAAGAAGGAGACGUCCAAAUGAGCCACCCUUAGAGAAUGGGAUGCUGCCCUACCUUGGAUGUGCUUUGCAGUUUGGAACCAAUCCAUUCCAAUUCCUCAGGGCAAGAGAAAAGAAAUACGGUCCAAUUUUCACUUGUCAACUGGCUGGCAAAUACGUCCAUUUUCUCACAGAUCCCUUUUCGUAUCAUGCAGUUAUGCAACAUGGAAGGCACCUGGAUUGGAAGAAGUUCCACUUUGCGACCUCUGCAAAGGCAUUUGGACAUGGGAGUAUUGACCCAAGUGAUGGAAACACUACUGAGAAUAUGCAACAGACCUUCACUAGAACAUUGCAGGGCAAUGCGUUAACAUAUCUCAGUGAGGCCAUGAUGGAAAACUUGCACUAUGUUAUGGUGGAAUCUAGAGAAGCAAAAAUGAGCUCCAGUGACUGGGUCACUGAUAAACUUUAUGAGUUUUGCUGCUGUGUGAUGUUUGAAUCUGGGUUUUUAACCCUCUUUGGUACAGAGUUUAACUCAAACUAUGGGAAGAUCCUUUCUUCUACCCAAAAAAACCAGAGAGCAUCCAUCCUCCAUGCCCUGGAGAACUUCAAAGCCUUUGACCAAAUCUUUCCAGCUCUUGUAGCAGGUCUACCAAUCCACCUAUUCAAAAAUGCCCACAGUGCACGAGAGAAGCUAGCUGAAGCUCUGCUCCAUGAGAACCUUAAAAAAAGAGAAAACAUUUCUGAACUUAUUUCUCUUCGCAUGUUCUUGAAUGACACUCUCUCCACUUUUAAUGACAAGGAAAAAGCAAAGACCCAUCUUGCAGUUCUGUGGGCUUCACAAGCCAAUACAAUACCUGCUACCUUUUGGACCGUGUUCCAUCUUCUUCGAAAUCCAAAAGCAUUGGAAGCAGCUACUGAAGAGGUGAAAAGGACUUUACAAAAUGUUUCAGGAAAUAUUGGUUCAAAUAGGAAUCCAAUUCCCUUGAAUAGAAAACAACUGGAUGACAUGCCUGUGUUAGAUAGCAUUAUCAAAGAAGCAAUAAGGCUCUCCAGUGCAUCCAUGACAGUGAGAGUUGCCAAGGAAGAUUUCACGUUGCAAUUAUGCAGCAGCUCCUACAAUAUCCGCAAAGAUGACAUUGUAGCUCUCUAUCCCCAGCUGUUGCAUUUUGAUCCAGAAAUCUAUUCUGAUCCUAUGACAUUCAAGUAUGAUCGUUACCUUAAUGAAAAUGGAGAAGAAAAGACAGUUUUUUACCGCAAUGGGCACAGAUUGAAAUAUUAUUAUAUGCCAUUUGGAACAGGACUUGCAAAAUGCCCAGGAAGACUCUUUGCAGUUCAUGAAAUCAAGCAAUUUUUGACUUUGUUGCUUUCCUAUUUUGAAGUGGAGCUCACUGACAGCAACGUGGCGUGCCCUUCUUUAGACCAAUCGCGGGCAGGACUUGGUAUCUUACAGCCUAUAAGUGACAUUAAUUUCAAGUACAGAUUCAAAGUUCUGUGA